CGCACGAGGGUGAGGGAGCAAUGCACAACGCAUGUGUACCUUGUGAGACAAACUCAAAGUCUCGAGUUCCUAUUCGUUAAUGAAAGCGAGGGAGACCUCUGUUAACAAGAAUGAUUUAUGUAGAUGCUUUAAAGUAAACAUAAAUAGAAUGAGGAUGCGAGAACAUAAGUAUCUUCCCCUUCCCCACAAACUCAUGCGACUCAAAAAAAAAAAACAAGAAAAUGUGGACGAAGCGCAGCUUGCCAGCAUCACGAGUACUGAGUAUAAAAAGGAACCGAGCCUCCGAGUUCAGGCAUCACUUCGAGCUCUUAACAGCAACGUAGGAACGAAUCCACCAUGAACGCCGUCCUGUGCCUGUUCGCCGCUCUGCUGGGCAGUGCCCUAGCCGGGCACGUCCCCACGUACGGCGUGCCGGUGGGCGCUGGAUACCCCUACGUUCCUGCGGUCACGACGACGGUGCACGGUACCCCCGUAGCAGCCGUGCAAGGUGCUGUCCACAGUGUGGUGCCGGUCACUCCCACUGUCCACAACGUCGCCACCCCGUUCGGUUACCGCACCACCGGCGUCAGCUACAGCCACAGAGUCGACGCACACCCGUUGAAACUGCGCUACGUGUACGGAGUCGCGCCGUACGGCGUCGGCUACGGCUAUGGCCUGAGCCCCUACGGCUAUGGCCUGAGCCCCUACGGCUACGCUCCUGUCCUGAAGAAGUGAAGAAAGUCUAGCCGACGCAAGAGCAACAAGGACCCCUUCCGGAAUGGCAGACAGAACUCAACGUCAAAAAAAAAAUACUUUCGUUCCUGUUGUGAUUGUUACAUGGCCCCUAAAUGGCGAAAAAUAAAAACAUAAAAACAAAGUCCA